AUGCGCGAGACGGAGGAAAAGCCGAUACCGGAUGUGGCGAAGCCGUUGACGGUCAAGCCGCCAGAUGGAGUGGCACAUCCACAUCCGGGGAUGUGGAUGGGUAAUAUGCAGAAUGUGUUGCCGAUAUGGAUUAAUCAACGGGAGGGAUAUACAGCUUCGGCUGCAAGUGCCGGGAUGCUGCACCCAUCUUUCGACCAAGCUUUUUAUGGGCAACGCUGGCCAGCCGACGCCACUGUGUAUGAUGCACCCAAGCUCGCUGACAACCAAACAACACCCGUUUUCUUCCCCCAAGCGAACUUUGCGACCGCCAGCCCGCAAGGAGCCAGUAGCGCGGAGCCACCCUACCCUACCGAUCCGUUCCCCUCCACCUCAACGGCUUCCCCGAUCGUACAAGCAUCACUACUCCAAAAUAAUUAUCGAUUCGAUAUGAUGAACUCGGCUCAUGGUUACUACAUGUACCCCACAUUUCAACCCCCGGACUACGGCUUCCUCACAAACUGGAAAAACUCUGCUGCCAUCAAGCGUGAUAAUAGCCAACCCCCAUACCGUACCGGCCCUGGGACCAACAAUGUGCGUGUCCGGACGUCGGAAAAAUACCGGAAUGUAUAUACCGAUACGCAACGGCUGGAGCUGGAGAAGGAAUGGAGCCACAACCAAUUCAUAAAUGCCGAGCGCAAGGCGCAUCUUUCAACGGAGCUGCAGCUGACCGAGCGGCAGAUCAAGAUUUGGUUCCAGAAUCGACGUGCAAAGGAUCGUCGGGAAUCGAAGAAGAGCAAGCAC